AUGGGAUACGGAAUGCACAGCUAUGAUGUUCCCGUGGAAAACUGGAAGUAUCUGGGUAUUCUGGGCGCUAUCACUGGCACUACAUCGGUUCUCCACGUGUUUUUUAGCAAAGUAUCCUUUGCCGUGACGCUUCUUCGACUCACGGAUGGCUGGUUGAGGCAACUGAUAUGGUUUAUUAUCAUCACUUUAACGUUAGGCCAGAUGAGCAGUUCCUUUAUGUUCUGGCUCAGGUGUACACCCGCCGAGGCCACAUGGAACCCCCAUAUCAAGGAGAAGAAAUGCUGGGACUCCAAUGCUUUCCUUACGUACUCGAUUGCUGGCGGAAGUGAGUAUCUGACCCAAAAACGCCAUUCCACCCAAAGCUUUACUGACCACCAUUGGCCCAUCCUCUCUAGUUUACUCGGCCUUGUGUGA